UGGGUAGGUCAGGAAGCGCCGGUGGAGGACGCCAUGUGCUUGUGUUAGAGGAGGACCGACAGCAGUCUCAGUCACACACACACACUCACACACACACUGCUCGGUCGCUCACGGAAUCGGGCCAUAAUGUAUUGCAGCAGACACUGCGUCCGGAUCGCGCUGCGGGCCGCGGCAAACACACACCGACACAAGCUACAGACGUCAGCACUGUGUGCCCUGCGAACGCUCAAGACCGGCCCUGUCAGUGCGUCUGGUGCCAUUACAACGCCUCCUCUUGACGGGGCACCCAAGCAAUACUCGCCCAAAAUCCAACAGCUCGUCAGUGACAUCGCCAACCUCACGCUCAUAGAAGUGUCCGACCUCAACGAGUUACUAAAGAAAACGCUGAACAUUCAGGAUGUUGGAAUGAUGGCGAUGGGCUCAGUGGCUGCAACACCAUCUGCAGAGGCGGUAGAGGAGGACGUGGCUCCUGCAAAGAAAGAGAAAACACAUUUUACAGUCAAACUGACAGAACUAAAGGCGGCUGAUAAAGUCAAACUGAUUAAAGAAGUGAAGAACUGCAUGGAGGGAAUAAAUCUUGUACAGGCUAAGAAGCUUGUGGAGUCCCUACCUCAGGAGAUCCGGGUCAAUGUGUUUAAAGACGAGGCAGAAAAACUGAAAGCAGCACUUGAAGCGGCAGGAGGCACUGUGGUGCUGGAGUGAAUAUCUGCCCUGGCUCUUCACUUCUUCAGUUGUUACCUGUCACUCGUUGUUUUGUUUGUUUUUUAUAUAUAAAAAAAAAUGAAAAGAAUUUAAAGAAAGCAAAUAAUGCCUUUAAAAUGACCACUUGGUCCACAAGAGACUGGAUGGUGAACUCUGAACUCUGACAGGCUCUGAGCCUGCAAACACACCACCCCGUCACUGACUCGUCCAUUUGUUGUUUAGCUACACACACGUUCUGUCCUGGGCUGGUCUGUCUCUCAGGAAUGAGGGCUGUUUCUUGUGGUUAAAUAAACGUUAUACUGUACUGUG